CCAGGAGCUAUGCCGCACAACACAGACAUGGAGAACACAAGAGUGUUCAUUUCUGGCCUCCCGCCGUCUUUCACUAACGAGCAACUCAGACAGCAUUUCUCAAGCCGCUUCUCAGUUACAGACGCUCAUGUGCUCCCCAAACGCAGGAUCGGCUUCGUGGGCUUUAAAAACCCCGACCUUGCCAAACAAGCCAUCAACUACUUCAAUAGGACCUAUAUCCGAAUGUCCAAAAUUACUGUGGACAUUGCUCGUCCAGUGGUUUUGGAACUGACCAGAAUGACCAUAGGUCGAUUUUAAGCCUACUAAGGGUAUCCAUCCAACUGCAAAACGGGACAAGUCCGAUCAGAGCAAUGCAUCUGCAGAGAAUACACUUAAGCGCAAACGCGAUGCGGAAAAUGCUCCGCAGGAUCCUCAGCUUCAGGAAUAUCUUUCUCUCAUGACACAUUCAUCUAAGUCCAAAACGUGGGCAAAUGAUGACCAAAUGGUUAAUCCCGUGCCGGAUUCAAUCCACAGCCGUGAAGAGCUCGUAGACGCAGGUCAUUCUACUGACGAGCCUUCGUCCUCGCAGAGGAAAAAGGCCAAGGUCGACGAGCCUAAUGAGACCUCUCAAGUUCCGAAGAUUGCCAGUAGUGCUCUAAAACCGGGGCAUGAAACCCUCCCUGUGGCGACAGUCGCUGGAGAAAGUGAAUGUCCAAUUGAAGAUGCAAUGGAGCAGAAGGAACAGGAUGCUCCUGCUGCGCCGGAAGCUGAUGUUGGCCCUGUAUCUGACGCUGACUGGCUACGCUCAAAAACGAGCCGUCUGCUUGGUCUUCUUGAUGAAGACGAACAGGAAGAAUACAAUGCCACGUCACAGCACAAGGCUGCUGCUCCCACGGAAACCGGUACUGGUGCGGAUAUCGACUCACGCGUCAGCGAAGUCCAAAAUAUCGUUUCGCAGGAUGACGAUGCCGGAGUAGCAGCAGAGACUCCUGAGACUGACACUAAUGUUGACCUCAUCCGCGCCUCUGCUCGCUUGUUUGUGCGGAAUCUGCCUUACAAUACAGCAGAAGUGGAUCUUGAACCUAUCUUCACGCCCUUUGGAAAAAUUGAAGAGAUUCACAUUGCCUUUGACACUCGACACACGACAAGCAAAGGCUUUGCCUAUGUCCAAUAUGUUGAUGCAAAUUCAGCUGUUAAUGCUUAUAAAGAGAUUGAUGGAUUGAACUUCCAGGGUCGUCUCUUACAUAUUCUUCCUGCCUCCGCGAAGAAGACGUAUAAAAUCGAUGAAUAUGAGUUAUCCAAAUUACCAUUGAAAAAACAAAAACAGAUCAAGCGAAGAUUGGAAUCUACGUCGUCCACCUUUAAUUGGAACUCUCUUUAUAUGAACACCGAUGCCGUGAUGUCCUCAGUAGCGGAGAGGCUGGGGGUAUCAAAAGCUGAGCUUUUGGACCCUACAUCAUCAGAUGCUGCAGUUAAGCAGGCGCAUGCAGAGACGCACGUUAUCCAAGAGACAAAGGCUUACUUUGCUUCGAAUGGCGUGAAUCUUGACUCCUUCAAGCAACGGGAACGUGGGAACACGGCAAUCUUAGUAAAGAAUUUCUCAUUCGGCGUCAAAGCCAGCGAUCUCAGGAACAUGUUUGAGCCAUAUGGUCAGAUCACUAAAUUACUAAUGCCACCUAGUGGUACCAUAGCCAUUGUUGAAUUCGCGAGACCCGAUGAGGCACAAAAGGCUUUCAAAAGCCUUGCGUAUCGAAAGCUAGGAGACUCUAUCCUUUUCCUAGAAAAGGCACCAAAGGACUUAUUUGAUCCAGCCGCAGCAGCGAAACAGAACGCCCCUGAGUCUAAGCCUGUAUCUCAAGGAUUUUCGACCACAGACACUUUUGCGGCCGAUGAACCUGAGGAGGACUUGCUAACCUCGACUCUGUUUGUAAAGAAUCUUUCCUUCUCGACAACCACUGAGAGGUUGAUCGAAACUUUUCGGCCGCUGGACGGCUUUUUGUCAGCUAAGAUCAAAACGAAACCUGACCCCAAGCGGCCGGGUCAGACCCUUAGUAUGGGCUUUGGUUUCGUUGAAUUUAAGACCAAGGCACAGGCUCAGGCCGCUCUUGCUGCGAUGAAUGGCUACAACCUUGACCAGCACGAAUUGGUCAUCAAAGCAUCUAACAAGGCCAUGGAUGCGGCUGAGGAACGGAGAAAGGAAGACACUGCGAAGAAGAUUGCCGCUAGAAGAACCAAGAUCAUCAUCAAGAACUUGCCAUUCCAAGCAACAAAGAAGGACAUCAGGUCACUCUUCGGUUCUUAUGGACAGCUUCGCUCUGUGCGCGUUCCGAAGAAAUUCGACCGGACUGCUCGUGGAUUUGCGUUUGCUGACUUCGUAAGUGCGCGCGAGGCAGAAAACGCCAUGGAUGCUCUGAAGAACACGCACUUCUUGGGCAGAAAAUUGGUCUUGGAAUUCGCAAACGCAGAAGCGAUCGAUCCUGAGGAGGAGAUCGAGAAGCUGGAAAAGAAAGUAGGACAGCAGCUGGACAGGGUCAAACUUCAAAAACUCACUGGAACGGGCCGGAAGAAAUUCACCAUGGGGGCUCAGGAUGACGAAGAGGCCUGAUUCUGUCUGUUGAUAGUUACGAUAUACCCAAUUUUAUUUUAUUCCUUCC